AUGGUCAUUCCUCCCGAAAGCUGCAGGAUCCGUGGGGUUACUCCAUCGGAUGUUGGUGGCGCGUGGGGAGCAGCCUACGCGGUCGGCACACCCAUUUCGGCACUGGUGACAGGCAUUUGUUGUGCGCUGGCGAUUGAGUAUUUCCAACAAUUUCCACAGGACGCUACGCGAAUCCGAUUAUCUGUGAUUGUCGUUGUUGCCACAUCCAUCCUCGGUCUCCUUUUAGCAAUGGAUUUGACCUAUGUGCGAUUGGUGAAAAAUGCAACACCACCCGGGGGUUUCGGUGACAUUCCUUGGCAAGAUGACGCAGUGGCUUUGAUAUGUGGAGUCUGCCAACUCAUUUGCAGCGCCUAUUUUGCCUACUCGGCUUAUUCCGUAGCAAGCAGGAAAAAGCUCUUGAUAGUUUGGUAUGGGUUGCUCAUGGCAGUCAUCUUUUUAAGUGCCUUCUUCAGAGCAAUUCUUGGAUUAACACCUACGGAUUGGUCUGAUGGUGCCGCACUCUGUCCCAAGAUGACUUUCAUGUGGCUCAUGUGCGUUUGA